AGAGAACGCUCUCAUCGUCAGUACUCAUUUUAACGUAACAGAAGAUACGUCGUGGAUUAUAAUUUGUUUCGACAACUCUCUAACGAAUAGACCUUAGAAUUGUUUUAAUAUAGAAACCAUGAAGACGCUAUUACUUUUAGUUGCAAUAGCAUUUGUUACGGCGCAAGCUAUUUCUUUCUUUGAGUUGGUCAAUGAAGAAUGGACUACUUUCAAGAUGGAGCAUAACAAAAUUUAUAAAAAUGAUGUUGAAGAAAGAUUUAGAAUGAAAAUAUAUAUGGAUAAUAAACACAAAAUUGCUAAACACAAUGGUAAUUAUGAAAUGAAGAAGGUUUCGUACAAGUUAAAAAUGAACAAAUAUGGAGAUAUGCUUCAUCAUGAAUUUGUGAAUGUAUUAAAUGGUUUUAACAAAUCCAUAAAUACUCAGUUGAGAUCUGAAAGAUUACCUGUAGGAGCUGCAUUUAUUGAACCUGCAAAUGUAGAAUUACCUCGGUCGGUAGAUUGGAGAGAACGCGGAGCUGUUACCCCGAUUAAAGAUCAAGGACAUUGUGGUUCAUGCUGGUCAUUCUCUGCAACUGGAGCAUUAGAGGGGCAACACUUCCGACAAAAGGGAGUUUUAGUUUCUUUAAGCGAACAGAAUUUAAUUGAUUGUUCUGCAAAAUAUGGUAAUAAUGGAUGUAAUGGCGGAUUAAUGGAUCAAGCUUUUCAAUACAUCAAGGACAAUAAAGGUCUAGAUACAGAAAUAACUUAUCCGUAUGAGGGUGAAGACGAUAAAUGCCGAUAUAAUGCAAGAAACACUGGUGCUUCCGAUAUCGGUUAUACGGACAUUCCUGAAGGAGAUGAAAAAAAACUUAAAGCAGCAGUAGCCACUGUAGGACCAAUCUCUGUUGCCAUUGAUGCUUCUCAUCAAUCUUUCCAAUUUUAUUCCGAAGGGGUUUAUUACGAACCUGAGUGUUCUUCGGAAGAACUGGAUCAUGGGGUACUGAUAGUAGGGUAUGGAACAGACGAUAAUGGUCAGGAUUAUUGGUUGGUGAAAAAUAGUUGGGGAGAAAGCUGGGGUGAUAAGGGAUACAUCAAGAUGGCCAGAAAUAAAAACAACCAUUGCGGUAUUGCUUCCACUGCUAGCUACCCUCUUGUUGGAUCUCGAGGAUGAUUUAAAUAUUUUUUUACGAAUAAUUUUAAGACAUAAGUAAAUAUGAACUGCAAACCUGUAACAAUUUUCCUUCUAUUAAUGAUAAGUGUUUGUCUGUAUUUUACAUUUAAUAAGUUUUUAUUUCUGCAUCGUAAGGAUUAAUAUAUAUUUUUUCAAUAAAAUGAAUGAAGGCAA